CCCACGGGUGCCACCCUUUUCUUUCCUUGGGGGGACUCGCAGCGCAGUGGGUGGGCUGUGGAUCUCGGUCGGCCGUCUUCUCCCACUUUUGCUUGUGAUUAUCACCAUAUUUCAACCAGCUGCCACGGGCGAGCACGGAACGGACAGGUCACUUUCUGGAGAUUGGGGGAUCUGAUCGAUUCCUCUUAUACUUUGACCCGCCGCACGAUCCCUCACGUCUUCUGACAGAGUGUUGCGCAGCACAGCACAGCAGCAACUAACAUAACUGCCCGGCGUCAUUGACCAGCGGUAUCGCCACUCAGACUUGGGACCUGCAGCAAGGACAAGGACAACCUUGGGGAAAACAGACCAGACUACCCCCUUUACGGGCCCGAGCUCUGCACCGACUUGCUUGCCCAUACUCGGCACCGAGCCUCUAGACUACUAUCUGUCGUCCGGACAAAACUUCUCUUUCAGUAAUUUCUUUUGGUUCAACACACAUCCCCAAGACCGCACACAUGGCGACAACAACCCUUGAAGCCGAGGCAGUCUCUCUGCAACGAGAGCGCCGCCAACGAUUCCACGAGGCCGAUGUCGUCGUCGUCGGCGCCGGCGUUUUUGGCUGCGCUGCCGCCUACGCCUUGGCCAACCAGGGCCGCAGCGUGAUCCUGCUCGAGAGGUGGAUGCACGAGCCCGACAGGAUAGUUGGCGAGCUGCUACAACCCGGCGGGUGUGCCGCGCUGCGGAAGCUGGGGCUCGGACACUGCCUUGAGGGCAUCGACGCCGUCCCUUGUUACGGAUACCACAUUCUCUUCCACGGCGACGAGGUCGUCUUCCCAUACCCUGCGACGGAUGAGAAUGGAGAGGUCGUCCUGGCGGAAAAGAAGAAGGCCGGCGAGGAGUACAAGAGGCCCGAGGGCAGGGGCUUCCACCACGGAAGAUUCAUAAUGCAGCUGCGCAAGAGCUGCCUCGCACACCCCAACAUCUCGGUGUUCGAGACGGACGUCCAGAACACUAUCGUCGGAGAGCACGGCCCCGAGGUCCUCGGCGUGGAGAGCAGGACGACCGACACGGCGACGGGCGAGAAGAAGUCCGACUGCUACUUCGGCAAGCUGACCAUCAUCGCCGACGGCUACGCCUCCAAGUUCCGCAAGCAGUACGUCGGCAAGACCCCCGAGGUCAAGUCCAAGUUCUACGCCCUGGAGCUGAUCGACUGCCCCGUCUCGCCCUCGGGCUACGGCCACGUCGUCAUCGGCAAGACCUUCCCCGUGCUCCUGUACGCCAUCGGCAGCCGCGAGACGCGCGCCCUGAUCGACGUGCCCAUCGACCUGCCGGCCGCGUCGCCCGAGAGGGGCGGCGUGCGCGGCUACAUCAAGAACGUCGUGCUGCCCACCCUCCCCAAGGAGCUGCACCCGUGCUUCGAGGCCGCCAUGGCCGACGGCAAGAUCCCCAAGAGCAUGCCCAACAGCUGGCUGCCGCCCUCGCAGCAGGCGUCCCACCCGGGCGUGCUGGUGCUGGGCGACGCCAUGAACAUGCGGCACCCGCUGACGGGCGGCGGCAUGACGGUCGCCUUCAACGACGUCGUGGUCGUGUCGGAGCUGCUCGCGCCCGUCCGCGACCUGGGCGACGCCGAGGCCGUCCGCGGCGCCAUGAAGCAGUUCCACUGGCGCCGCAAGAACCUCUCAUCCAUCAUCAACGUGCUCGCCAUGGCCCUGUACAGCCUGUUCGCCGCCGACAGCCGGCAGCUGCGCGCCCUGCGCCUGGGCUGCUUCGCCUACUUCCAGCGCGGCGUCACCGAGGAGCCCACGGGCCUGCUCGGCGGCCUCAUCCACCGCCCCUGGGUCCUCAUCAGCCACUUCUUCACCGUCGCCUUCCUCGCCAUCUGGCUCAACGCCCGCGACGUCAUGGGCAGCGGCCCGCUCGGCUUCCUCAAGUUCCCCAUUGUUGUGAUCGACGCCGUGCUCAUCCUCUGGAAGGCGUGCGUCGUCUUCUUGCCCAUCAUGUACCGAGAGGCGAUCUAAAGCAGGCAUGGACGCCGCCCGGGGGGGGGGGCAGACUUCUGCGCUUUCUUGCGGGAGACUUAAUGCCCCUGACACGCACGAGGGGGCGGGUGUCAAUUCCGUUCCUGUGAUCAUUCACUGCGAGCGGACAUGUUGCAUGAGGAAAAUGGAGAAAAAGGACUUUCAUGAGAAAAUGCGGUAGACAUCCAUAGGCGAGCAGAGCGAAUCUGCGCCAGCGUUUUGGUGUGCCUCACGCCCGUCACGAAAUAAAUUCGGGCGGUUUCGUAGUAUGUAUUUAGGUCCUUUAAAACGGGGUAUUCAUCCUUUGGGACAAAGAGACGCACAUAUAUCACCAAUCUAAAUAAUUUUAAUGACUCUUAGAA